GGCGAGGUGCGUAGGGCGCCACGUCGGCAAGCACCGAAGGAGCAGCCUGCCGCCAGAGGGUCCGAGUUUGCUUCGCGGUUCGGGAGGCUGUGGACGGAGCCCUCAGCUACGCUGGCCCGUGCGGCGAGGAGAGCGAGAGAGAGAGCCGGAGCUGCGGAGGUUUUAUAUAGAAAAUCACAGUGGGACUUGCGAAUGUUGUAACAGUUGAUGUUGUCCUUUAAUUGCAACAAAGAGGAGGAGAGAAGUUGUACUUAGCAUCUUCAAGCUACACAUCAUAUAGGCCACAAUGAAUCAAACAGACAAAAAUGAACACGAUGUCCCCCCAUAUCUUAAUGAUGAGCCACCAGAAGAUGCCUUAAAAGAACAUCCACAGCAGCAACCUGGCAUGCUCUCUCGUGUGACUGGUGGCCUUUUCAGCAUAACAAAAGGAGCUGUUGGUGCCACCAUUGGUGGUGUAGCAUGGAUAGGAGGAAAAAGCUUUGAAGUGACCAAAACAGCAGUAACAGCUGUGCCAUCUAUGGGAGUAGGAUUGGUUAAAGGAAGUGUUUCGGCUGUGACAGGCGGUGUUACAGCUGUAGGAUCGGCCAUCUCAAGCAAAGUGCCUUUAACAGGGAAGAAGAAAGAUAAGUCUGACUAAGAUAGAGACUGAGGCCAGUUUGUCAUGGACAUUCCCUGUGUGACUUUGACAUCUGCGAUGAUUUGGACUGCCGCAAAGCCACAGGUGUUAAGAUGUGUCUAAAGAGCUGUAUGAGUAUUUUUCACCUGAAGGACAGAAACAGCAUGAUGUCACAAUGUCUAAAACUGUAUAGAUUUCUUCAAGCAUUCAUCUGGUGAAAUGUUACACUUGAUAAGUAUCUAAUCAAGUACAUGGAUCUGAAGAGAUAGCUCACAUUUGAAUAUUAAUUCACUGUAGAUCUUUUUGCAGUCUUCAACUAAAAAUGUGAAAUUAAAAUGGAGCAAAAAUUAA